AGCUCGGAAUAGGCGAACCGCGGGAGACUUGCUCACCUCAACAUGCCUGGCAACAAGAAAAAUAAAAUCACCAAAGCAGAACGACUGAGAAUGCAACAAGAGGAGGAGGAAAGGAGACGGAAAGAGGAGGAGGAAAUCCGUGUGAGAUAUGAAAGAGAAGAAAUGGAAAAGCUUGAGAUACAGCGAAUUGAGAAAGAAAAAUGGCAUCAACUUGAAGAAAAAGAUCUAGAAAGGAGAAAAGAAGAACUUGAAGAACUUUCUUUAUUAGAGAUGAUUUUCCCUGAAGCAGAGAAAAUAAAAGAAAACAUCAGAUUGCUUUCUCAGUGGAACCACUACCUCCAAUGUGAUGGGAGUCCUGAUCCUUCAGUUGCUCAGGAAAUUAAUACUUUUAUUAGUUUGUGGAAAGAGGAAACAAAUGAGACUUUUGAGGAAGUUAUUCAGAAGAGUAAACUAGUGCUACAUUUAAUUGAGAAAUUGAAAUUCAUUUUAUUGGAAACUCCACCAUAUGAUUUGCAAAAUAAAAAUAUAAUCCAGUACCAAGGAUCAAUUCUAGAACUGCAGGAGCUCCUUCAUUUUAAGUUUAAUAUUGCCACAGAAAUUCUUCUCAGACAUGCUAGCACAUUAGCAGAUCUGGACAGUGGGAACAUGGAGAAAGUCAUUCAAGAUGAAAAUAUUACUCUUUAUGUGUGGGCGAACCUCAAGAAGAAUCCCAGGUACAAGAACAUCCGGUUCUCAGAUACAGAAAUUGGAUUUGAUAUUCCAAGGGUAUUAGCCACAAGCAACAUCGCUCUGCGAGUCCUCCACACUCACUACGAUCACGUAUCCCCCCUGUGCCUUGUGGCAGCAUCUUUACAAGAGGACACUCCCACAGAAACUCAGCUUGUCAAAGAUGAAGCAGAGACUGUGGAAGAAGUGGUCUACAAAGAACCCCAAGAAGAGCCUAGCCAGCCAGAGGAGGAGGCUAACUCCGUUCAUGAGGAGGAGACAGAAGUCAAGGACCAAGAUGUGGAAGUGCCACAGUGCUCUGUCCAGGAAGACCCUGACACCAUAACAUUUGAACUGGAAAUGAAACUGCUAAGUGAUAGAAUUUCAGCAGCACAUCUGUCGCUGAUCGAGAAUGUGCAGGAAAAGCCGUGUGUGUUUGACGACAACGAGGUUGACUUAUGCCAGUUCGCGACACUGGGUGGGGUGUACCACUUGGAUAUUUUCGAGCUUCCCCCACAGUGUAAACCAAUGAAGGGCUGGCUCAUUGUGGAAAUACUCAAAGAAGGAUUACAUAAAUACAUAUAUCCUCCAGAAACUGCAGACGACUUGGAAGCAGAAAAUGCCUUCCCACCCAUAGAAGUCACACUGCAGGUUCAUGAGAAUGUGCUAUUUUUUGAGGAACCUGUGGUCGCCAGGUGGGAUGCUGAAGGUAAACGUUGGAAAACUGAUGGCAUCAGCAUUAUAACUUACAAAGCACAGGACCGACUUCUGACAGUGAGCUUGGAAACCUUUGGCCCUCUCACCUUGAUGCAGGAUAAUCAUGUCAACAUGCCAUACCAGUCAUGGGAACUAACACCACUUGAUGUGAACAAAGUACUUUUGACUGUGAUUACGGUGUUUGCUGAGAUUCAAAUACAAAUUAAAGAGAACCUCUGCAUGUUAGCCUCUCUCAAACUAACUAAUCAAGAAAAAUUCUCUAUUUUGGAAGGAAAGUGGAUGACUCCUGUUUCUUUCAUCAUUGCCUUGAAAGAAGUGGGAAUGAAUAUCUUCCCUUCUGGACACUCUCAUUUUUAUGUUUCCAUAAACUAUAAGGUUGCUUUGGUAGAAAUGAAAGCUUAUCGCCAAAUGGCCUUGCUAAGCUCUGCAUUUGCAUUUGGUUGGAGCAGAUGGAAUUUACAAUGUAAUUCUACAAGGGUUGUAUUUAAGGUGAGCGAACACCUUGCUAAAGAAGACCCUAUUCAGAAGCCUGAUUCGCCCCUUUUGAUGUUUAGUGCAGAUAGAACUCAAAGACUCAAGAUCGAUGAAUACAGUGAGGCAUUCUCUGACACCAUUAAAGAAGAAACCGAAUUUCAUUCUACUCUAUAUCACAUGGUUAAGGACUUCGCGUCUCAAGAAGCAAUGGAGAAAAUCAGGAACUCCAAUUGCCAGUUCAUUGACACUGUAUGCCACAUGCUUCUGUCUACCAGGUUGCUCAGCUAUUCUUAGCCACUGUGAAGAAUCAAGCAGCUGAAGAAAAAUCAGACUGAUUUACAAUCAAGGUCACCAGAAGCCAUCUUCAAAAUUUC